AUGAGCCCGAGUUUGUGCAUUCGUGUCACUUUGCAAUUGUGGUACACCACCCUCGACGCAUUUUCUCCGCACAUCUCGCUGUCACCACCCCAAUUAUGCAAGGACGAAACCAGCAUGCUGCUCAGUCGUCCUCAUCCGCAAGUCCUAUCCACGGAGCAGGCCGCGCGCCUUCCUUCCUCCAUUACUGUGGCGAGUUUCGACCGAUCCUGGUCGACGGAGAAAACCACGUAUCUUCUUCACUUUCGCGAGUUUCAAUCAAUCCUCAUCGACGAUACACAACGAGCUCACUUUCACGAGCCUUAA